AUGGCAGUUCCUGCUGUCCCGAAAAUGCAAUUGAACAACACAGUAAGUCAAAACUCCCCAGAACAUAACAUCCAUAUUGACGAAAGAGAAUUGGAGAACAUCACGAACAACGAUGGAAACGGCACUCUCCCAUUACAUUCUCCGUGGACUUUUUGGCUUGAUAGGUAAGCUCACCAUUUUAUCAUUACGUGGAUUUAAUAGCGAUUCUUUCUAUGUUUUCAUGGGAUGAGUUUGUGUCAACAAAACUGCGUUUGGGAUAGCUAGAAAGGCUUCUUGCCAAAACAAAGGAGGAGGCCUUGCAGACAGUUCUGCGUAUAACGCCGCAAUAAGGCAAGAUGACUACCAUAUUCAUUAUACAUUAAAUGAUUAUUACAUUUGACUAUAAGCCUGUGUUUUUGCAAUCACGAUACAUUGUUUCUUAUUCCUCAGCUGAUUUGAUGCCAUGCGCACCAUUAGUUAGAACAUUUUCUCAGAAGCUCAGUCUUCGAUUCAUUGUAAAACUUCAGAUCACUGCUUCACUGUAUUUGCAAAUAUGAUUAUAUUAUGGGAGGUGUACACAUGAUCUGCAGAAAUUGGACUUUGUCUAUUUUCAUGAACACUGUGAGUGCUUGUAUAUGGGGCAUAGUUUGUUUACCUCUUAUGUAGCCUGUUUUAAGUGGGGAAAGCACUUGGCCCUCAACACUGAUUUGUGCUAAAUAUGAAAGCAUUUAUUUCCAAUCUCAAGACUAAAAGUCAAAUCAUAGGCUAGUCUGUUUUUGUUUAGGCUACUGCCAUCCAUUGACGCUGUAAUGUGGGCAAUUUUUCUCUGUCUUGGUUUCAAUUUAGACCUAGCUUUUUUCUAAUAAAAAACUGUGCAUUGUGAUGGAUGUCACAAUAAUGGCCAUAGAUUAUCUAUUUGCAUAUACAGAUCUUUCCUUUCAAUGUGUUUUAUUGAAAUUAUGUAUCUAAAUCAAUGUACUGCUCUGGCCAAGAGAGAAUGAAGACAAUUUAAAAUGGGUCAGUCUUGUUUACUGCUGGGCUAGAGUCCAGUGGAAAGGGGGUUGACACCUGAUCGCCGACCUGGCUGCUUUGAGCACUGCUUUGAGCACAACCUCUCCUCACUGUUUUGGCUGAGUUAUCUAGUAAGGCCUGUUCACAGAGUUGGAGAACUACUGUACUAAGGCUUGCAAUAUGUACCAAACUAAACUAAACUAAAACUGAUAGAUCAUGCCAGAUGCAGAGUUAUAAAUUAGUUUAAAUAUUGAUGUUUUGUAGUGCUGAGCGAUAACUGCUUUUUGAGGUCAGUUCUGUUUCGGUUUUUGAAAAAUAAUCACGGUUUUCAAUUUAGGUUUCGAUAAAAAACCAACAAUAAAUGCAUUAUGUGGGUUCAAUGUUGUAACAACACAGAAUAAAACAUUGAUGGUAAUGGCUGCCCAAUACUAUGACUUAUUAGGCUCAUGAUUGAUUCACAUUACUUUACUUUAAUAAAAUAUUUCAGUAGUUGUGUAUAUUUUUAUUUUUUAUUUUAUUACUUAUUAUUUUAUUCCAAGUCAUCAUCUCAUCUCUUCUCAGGCAGUAGCAGCCAGCCAGCCAUCUAUCUCUGUGCUCCCCAAAGAGUAAUCCUUCAGGCUAGUCGGCUAGCCUAGCUGGCUAGCUGCCUGCUGUCUGAAUAAAUCACAAUUUCAGUAGUUCUUCAAAGUAUAUAAGACAUAGUUUUAAGACCGCUAAAUAACAACUCUCAAUCAAUUAGAUGUAUUGUCGGGUAGAGAUACCUAAGCAACCACUCUAUCCCUCUCGUGUCUCUCUAUUGGUCUUCCUCUCUGUGUCUGUCUGCCGGCCCCACCACUGAGGUAUAAUAAGAACUGGAGACUGCGUCAAAGAGGUCCGACCAUUGUUUUCAAGGUAAUCUACUCACGUUCGCUUAAGUCGAUUCAUGGACCGUCUAUAUCUGGGUUGCAUCCGGUUUAUACAGACCAACAUCACAUACGCACUAGCACUCAGUGCGCACAGAGAGCAGCGCGAGCAGCGACAACAUCAUCACAUCAUCCAAAAACAUGGCAGACAUUGGAUGAAUAUAAAAUGCUAAUAUCUUUAGUCAUCACCUUUGUGCACAAAACAACACUGAAUAAUUCAAAUUAUUGUCGCUGAGGACAAAUUUUUUCCCAUCACUCACAGCCAAAGUUAUUAACAUUUUAUAUUCAUCCAAUGUCUGUCAUGUUUUUGGAAGACGUGAAGAUGUCGUUGCUGCUCGCACUGCUCCCUGUGCACACUGAGUGCUAGUGCGCAUGUGAUGUUGGUCCAUAUAAACCGGAUGCAACCCGGAUAUAGACGGUGUAGGCGAACGUGAGUAGACACAGUCUCCAGUUCUUAUUAUACCUCGGUGCUUGGGUCCCACAGGCUUGCCUGGCAAGAACCAAUGAGAACAAGCAGCUGUAGGCGCAAUGGAUUCUGGUCAUUGUAGUUAAGGACCACGUUUUUUGCGCAUAACUAUGAUGAGUUGGAUAACAUGUCUCAGAGAGAAAUCUCUCUAGAGAAACGCCAUCGGUCAAUUCGUUAUUUUACAAAAUGAAGAAGAUUUCAGUUAAUCGCUCAGCACUAAAGUUUUGUUUGGAUAUUUCCUACAGAUCUUUACCAGGAACAACCGCAGCAGAAUGUGAAUCAGGUCUGAAAAAAAUCUACACUGUGCAAACAGUUCAGGUAAGGUUUGUGUGUUAGUUGAGAGGUUUAAGAACUGCCUGCAUCACAUCAUUGCCACAUCAUUGUAAAUACACAUGUACGGUACUUCUUUAUGUUAUGGCUUUGUGUUUAUCAGUAAUAAGGCAACAAUAUACAUUUGAUAAUCAUGGUAAAGAUCCUAUUUUUCCUCCCAUCUUUUUGAAUAGAGCUUUUGGAGUGUGUACAACAAUAUACCUGGCGUGUCCAGCCUACCACUGAGAUGUAGCUAUCACUUAAUGAGAGGGGAGAGAAGACCACUCUGGUGAGCCUAACUCACCUAACUCACCUAAUUCAUACAUAAACACAUAAGUCUAUGCAUAAUUCUAUGUGUAAAUUCUAUGACCUUUUAUUUACUCUCUGCUAUGCAUUUUCUAUUUCAUCCAGGGAAGAAGAGAGUAAUGCGAAGGGGGGAGUUUGGAAAAUGAAAGUACCCAAAGAAAGCACUGUAAGUACGAUAAAUGUAAUCUGUUAUGUUUUAAUCAUUCAUACAAAUGUAAUUUAUAAUGUUUGUUGAGUAAAUGUGUGUAGUAUUGGUUACAUACUCAAUGUGUCUUCAUUUCCCCAGCCUGCUGUAUGGAAGGAGUUACUGUUGGCCACUAUUGGGGAGCAAUUCACUGAUUACUGUGCUUCAGGUAAGAGUGUGAAGAGAGAGAGCAUUGUUUGCAGUGUCUUUCAGACUCCAACUGUGGGUUUUGGUCUACAUGGUCUGUUGUCAGCUUGUACAGUCAUGUACAGUGAGGGGAAAAAAGUAUUUGAUCCCCUGCUGAUUUUGUACGUUUGCCCACUGACAAAGACAUGAUCAGUCUAUAAUUUUAAUGGUAGGUUUAUUUGAACAGUGAGAGACAAAAUAACAACAAAAAAAUCCAGAAAAACGCAUGUCAAAAAUGUUAUAAAUUGAUUUUGCAUUUUAAUGAGGGAAAUAAGUAUUUGACCCCUCUGCAAAACACGACUUAGUACUUGGUGGAAAAAGUAUCUUUAUUGGCAAUCACAGAGGUCAGACGUUUCUUGUAGUUGGCCACCAGGUUUGCACACAUCUCAGGAGGGAUUUUGUCCCACUCCUCUUUGCAGAUCUUCUCCAAGUCAUUAAGGUUUCGAGGCUGAUGUUUGGCAACUCGAACCUUCAGCUCCCUCCACAGAUUUUCUAUGGAAUUAAGGUCUGGAGACUGGCUAGGCCACUCCAGGACCUUAAUGUGCUUCUUCUUGAGCCACUCCUUUGUUGCCUUGGCUGUGUGUUUUGGGUCAUUGUCAUGCUGGAAUACCCAUCCACGACCCAUUUUCAAUGCCCUGGCUGAGAGAAGGAGGUUCUUACCCAAGAUUUGACGGUACAUGGCCCCGUCCAUCGUCCCUUUGAUGCGGUGAAGUUGUCCUGUCCCCUUAGAAGAAAAACACCCCCAAAGCAUAAUGUUUCCACCUCCAUGUUUGACGGUGGGGAUGGUGUUCUUGGGGUCAUAGGCAGCAUUCCUCCUCCUCCAAACACGGCGAGUUGAGUUGAUGCUAAAGAGCUCGAUUUUGGUCUCAUCUGACCACAACACUUUCACCCAGUUUUCCUCUGAAUCAUUCAGAUGUUCAUUGGCAAACUUCAGACGGGCCUGUAUAUGUGCUUUCUUGAGCAGGGGGACCUUGAGGGCGCUGCAGGAUUUCGGUCCUUCACGGCGUAGUGUGUUACCAAUUGUUUUCUUGGUGACUAUGGUCCCAGCUGCCUUGAGAUCAUUGACAAGAUCCUCCCGUGUAGUUCUGGGCUGAUUCCUCACCGUUCUCAUGAUCAUUGCAACUCCACGAGGUGAGAUCUUGCAUGGAGCCCUAGGCCGAGGGAGAUUGACAGUUAUUUUGUGUUUCUUCCAUUUGCGAAUAAUCGCACCAACUGUUGUCACCUUCUCACCAAGCUGCUUGGCAAUGGUCUUGUAGCCCAUUCCAGCCUUGUGUAGGUCUACAAUCUUGUCCCUGACAUCCUUGGAGAGCUCUUUGGUCUUGGCCAUGGUGGAGAGUUUGGAAUCUGAUUGAUUGAUUUCUUCUGUGGACAGGUGUCUUUUAUACAGGUAACAAGCUGAGAUUAGGAGCACUCCCUUUAAGGGUGUGCUCCUAAUCUCAGCUCGUUACCUGUAUAAAAGACACCUGGGAGCCAGAAAUCUUUCUGAUUGAGAGGGGGUCAAAUACUUAUUUCCCUCAUUAAAAUGCAAAUCAAUUUAUAACAUUUUUGACAUGCGUUUUUCUGGAUUUUUUUGUUGUUAUUCUGUCUCUCACUGUUCAAAUAAACCUACCAUUACAAUUAUAGACUGAUCAUUUCUUUGUCAGUGAGCAAACGUACAAAAUCAGCAGGGGAUCAAAUACUUUUUUCCCUCACUGUAGAAUGAGUCUGUCAACCACACAGAAGAACUCUGUGAAAUGCCAUGAUCAUCCAACAGUUUCCGGUCCUUUCCUCCGGAUGCCAUCCUGUUCUACAUUCCUCAGAUUGUUCAGGUCCUGCACUAUGACAAGAUGGGCUAUGUGAGAGAGUACAUCCUGUGGGCGGCCCAGAAGUCUCAGCUCUUGGCCCACCAGUUCAUCUGGAACAUGAAGACUAACAUCUACCUGGACGAGGAGGCACACCACAAAGACCCUGACAUCAGGGAUCUGUUGGAGGAGAUGGUUGAGGAGAUAAUAGGCUCUCAGUCUGGUGCAGCAAAAUACUUCUUCCAGAGAGAGUUUUACUUCUUUGACAAAAUCACCAACGUAUCCGCCAUCAUCAAGCCCACCCCAAAGGGAGAUGAGAGGAAGAGGGCAUGUCUCAAAGCUCUGUCUCACAUCAAAGUCCAGCAAGGCUGCUACCUGCCCAGUAACCCAGUGGCCAUUGUACUGGACAUUGACUACCAGUCUGGAACACCCAUACAGAGUGCUGCCAAGGCCCCGUACCUGGCUAAGUUUAAGGUGAAGCAUUGUGGGGUCAAUGAGCUGGAGAAGGAGGGUCUGCGUUGUCAGACUGACUCCCAGGACGUGGAGCCGGUCGAAGACGUAGCUCGCAGGAUUGUCUGGCAGGCCGCCAUCUUUAAAGUGGGAGACGACUGCAGACAGGAUGUGCUGGCUCUCCAGAUCAUUGGUCUGUGUAAGAACAUCUUCCAACUGGUGGGACUGGACCUGUUUGUGUUUCCCUACAGAGUGGUAGCUACCGUCCCUGGGUGUGGUGUGAUCCAGUGUAUCCCAGACUGUAAAUCCCGUGACCAGCUGGGCAGACAGACAGACUUUGGGAUGUAUGACUACUUCAGAAACCAGUAUGAAGACGAGUCCACUCUGGCCUUCCAGAAGGCGAGGUAUAACUUCAUCUGUAGUAUGGCUGCUGCUCUUCCUGCUACAAAUCAAAGAUAGACACAACGGGAACAUCAUGCUGGACAGCAAGGGACACCUUAUCCACACAGACUUUGGCUUCAGUUCUCCUGGUGGUAACCUGGACUGGGAGCCAGACAUCAAGCUGACUGAUGAGAUGGUGAUGAUCAUGGGAGGCAAGAUGGAGGCCAUACCUUUCAAAUGGUUCAUGGAGAUGUGUGUCAGGGUAUACCUGGCUGUCAGGCCCUACAUGGAUGCAGUGGUGUCUCUAGUCACUCUGAUGCUGGACACUGGACUACCAUGCUUCAGAGGAUAG